AUGGCUCAGAACGCUCAUCAAAGUGGAUGGUGGGAUUUGAAUCUCCUCAAUCAGAAUGGCGAGUAUGUCGUCGUUGAUCCCCAACAACAGAAAAACGCCAAUCUCAACCUUGCCAUGCAUGCCCAGCACGCCGAGUUGCCUUACGAAUAUCAAGUUCACGAUCCCAACUCAGCGGGUCUCAUGAUUCACAUGCCACAGCCACGCAACGAUUCCACGCCUGCUCAUGACCUUGCACUCAACGCUCAAACUUACCUUCCUCCGCCUCCGCCCAUCCCGCCAACCACGGAGCGACACCGCCCGCCACGAGCGCCGUCUUCUGGAGCUCGACACUUGUCGUGCUCUCCAAUCCGCAAGACAAGGCAACCUUCAAUUCCGCCAACGCCUACCACGGUUCACUCUCGCCACAGCUCCAACGGGUCCGUUGCAUCGGCCCGCAGCGCCUCAGGUCGAGGCAUGGUUCCAGGUACUCCCACUGCCAUGCGCAAACAACGCCGAUCACGGGAUUCCAGCGGCGGCAGCGUGGGAGAUAUAGGGUUCGUCAACUUUACUCCCAGUGACGGAGGUCUCCUCAUGACAGGUGUUGCGCCGAGCGGCAGUUCCAAGACCAAAGCGCGACGAGAACGUGAGGCGAUGGAACGAAGGCGACGAUUGAGCGAAGCAGCCAUGAAAGCAGUUCAAGCAGCAGGAGGCGACGUCGACAAGCUGAUGGAACAGGGUUUCGCCUUUUAA